UUCUGAGAACACACACGAGUCGGUUGACUGUUUUUUCCUUCUGCGCUCUGCUCUGGAGACGUUGUGCCACUGUUGCAAACCUUUAAAACGUGUCGCACCCACUUUAAUCCUCUAAAGACUUUCUCUUCCAGAUGUAAAGACUCAAGUCGUAUGUGGUGUUCCGUCGUUUUCUUGAUUUCUCCUGUUUCUGUGCCACUUCAGAAAUAACGGUGUGUUUUGGUUCCGUUUCCGUCAUGCGCUCCCUGGCGGUGCUUUUCAGCGCGCAGCUUUCUCCCAACUGAUCGGAGGCAUAAAACAUCGCUCAGGGUUUAUCAAUGGGAAAAAUAUAGAUAUUGUAUUUUUUUCACUGCUGUAAAUCUGAUUUGUCUACGUUUAAACUCGCGGACACAGACGAAAUCGUUUCCAUCCGUUUUGAAAGGUGUUGGAAGGCGAGGCGUUGCACCAAAUGUCAACUUGUGCAGUGAGUAACUACAGCCAUGUACUGGAAGGCCAGUCAGACUCCGAUGAUGAAGAUAAGCUCCAUAUCGUGGAGGAAGAUGGGACCCCGGUGGAGGGAGCUGACGGUGACAGCGCUGCCCACGACGAUGACACCAACGGCCCUGAAGACAGAUGGGAUGAAGUAAAAGAGGAGGGUGUGUCAGAGGAGGAUGAGAGGAGCAGAGAUGCUCUUGUUGAGGAAAUGCUUCAGCAGGGAGACACGGCUGUCAUCUUCCCAGAGGCACCUGAAGACGAACCACGCCAAGGAACACCGGAGACCAGUGGCCAUGAUGAGAAUGGCACACCAGACGCGUUUUCUCAGCUCCUCACCUGUCCCUACUGCUCUCGUGGCUACAAGCGCUACACAUCACUGAAGGAGCACAUAAAGUAUAGACACGAGAAGAGCGAGGACAACUUCAGCUGCUCACUCUGCAGCUACACUUUCUCCCACCGCACACAGCUCGACCGACACAUGAGCGCACACAAAGCAGGCAGAGACCAGCGGCACGUAACCCAAACAGGGGGUGGAGGAAACCGUAAGUUUAAGUGCACUGAAUGUGGCAAAGCCUUCAAAUACAAACACCACCUGAAAGAACACCUGCGUAUCCACAGUGGUGAGAAGCCAUACGAGUGCCCCAACUGUAAAAAGCGUUUUUCUCACUCUGGCUCCUACAGUUCCCAUAUCAGCAGCAAGAAAUGCAUCGGCCUUAUUCCCGUCAAUGGCAGACCACGACCCUCGCCUACAACAGGAGGCACCAAAACCCCUCAGUGCCCUUCACCAUCCCUGCCCUCCUCCCCCGCCAAUGCCCGAACUCAGACCCGGGACAAACUGGACCAUAGUAAACCCCUGCAGGAGCAGCUCCCGAUUACACAGAUUAAGUCUGAGCCAUUGGACUAUGAGUACAAGCCUGUGGUAGUUACCUCAGCUGCCCCUGGAGGAGUAAACAGGGUUUUUCAAGGAGGGGCAGCAGCAUCCCUACAGGGGGCAGUCCAGGCUGUAGUCCUCCCCACUGUAGGACUGGUCUCCCCAAUCAGCAUUAAUCUAGGGGACUUGCAGAACAUGCUAAAGGUGGCAGUGGAUGGGAAUGUGAUUAGGCAAGUGCUGGAGAAUGCCCAGACCAAAGGCCAGCCUACAACCACAGGCAGAGUGGCUAUUGCACAGGCUCCUCAGCAAGUCAUACAAGCCAUCAGUCUUCCCAUAGUUGACCAGGACGGUACUGCCAAGAUCAUAAUCAACUACAGCCUUGACCCAUCGCAGGCUCAGGCAGCACUGCAGAACUUGAAGAAAGAGCCAGAGGAGCAGAAUACAGACUCUUGCAAGACUGAACGACUGCCCGAGGACCUGACAGUUAAAAGCAAAUCAACGAUGGACAAAACUACCAUCACUGUAAAUGAAGAGUGGCAGCAAGAGAAGGGCAAACUCUACAAUCACACAACAAACACACACUGUGACAAGAAGGAUCAGGAGAUCAACGGAACACACUUGGAUGACAAACCUGAAGCGGAUGUUGGACUGUGUCCUGAGCAGCCCCCACUUAAGAACCUUAUGUCCUUGCUUAAGGCUUAUUAUGCCUUAAAUGCAGAACCUACCAAGGAGGAGCUAGCUAAGAUAUCAGAGUCAGUUAAUCUUCCUACUGAUAUUGUCAGGAAGUGGUUUGAGAAGAUGCAGAAUGGGCAAAUUCCAAUGGAGGUCUCCACAACCACACCCCAGAAAGAGCAGACUAAUGGGAUAGAUAUUAAUGACACUUUGGAGGAAACCCUCAUGUCACUGUCAGAGGACAAUACCAAAACGAAACAGGAGGAGGAGAUGGAGCUUCGUAGCCCAGCAGAAGGCACUACAGCUGGUAUAAGUGGAACAGAAAAUGGCCCCACAUCCCCUUUACCACUAAAUCUAUCUGCAGAUGGGCCUGUGCCAGCCCAGACUGCAGAGGAAGGAGACGGACCUCUUGAUUUGUCUCUCCCAAAAUCUGUAGCAGCAGCAAAUACAACCAGCGCUCACUCUGUUUACUUAGCUCAGGACGAGCCUCUGAACUUGGUUUGCACAAAGAAGGAAGUGCUCAACAAUGCAGGCACAAGUACUGCCAUCUAUGCCAGCCAAACAAGUGCCAAUCCCUUGAACAUUGUGACCACUCAACUGCCCACUCUGGUGGCUAUCACCAAGCAAGGCUCAGAGCAAUGCCUUCGCACCCUCACCACCACUAAACAGACCAUCUUAAUCCCACAGCUAGCUUAUACCUACACCACUACAGCCUCCAGCCCUGCAGGGGGCGACACACCACAGAAGGCUAUACUGCAGGUUAAUGGUGUCAAGGAGGAGAAGCAGGAUGCCAGUUCUGAGGUGGCUUCUAUGCUGGAGGAGCAGACGGACUCAGACUCUGGGCCGGUGAGGAAGAAGAUGAAGAAGACUGAAAAUGGCUUGUAUGCCUGUGACCUGUGUGACAAAAUCUUCCAGAAGAGCAGCUCGCUGCUUCGGCAUAAAUACGAACACACAGGUAAACGUCCUCACGAAUGUGGGAUUUGCAGCAAAGCCUUCAAACACAAGCACCACCUAAUCGAGCACCUGCGUCUGCACUCGGGAGAAAAGCCGUACCAGUGUGACAAGUGCGGCAAGCGCUUCUCUCACUCCGGCUCCUACUCUCAGCACAUGAACCACCGCUACUCAUACUGUAAGAAGGAGGCGCACGGCCAGAGCUUGGUACAGAGGGACGAAGAGGAGGAGAACCCCACCGAAGAGCGGCCUGGAGCAGCAAGCACCGCCGCCUCGCCCCCGUCUCAGGUGGACUCUGAUGAACGAGGGAGCAGCGCCAGGGAGGACGAGGAGAGCGAGGAGGAGGAUGCCAUAGGCUCGGGCAGCGUGCUGGACGAGGACGAAAUACAGGUGGUGAGGAUCGGUGAGGAAGGAGGAGAGGAUGAGGAGGACACUGGAGAGCAGUACAGGAUGGAGGAGAUGGACACAGGAAAUGAAGAGGCGGUAAGUGAGAACGGAGAACAGGAGGAGGUUACAGUAAGUCAGGAAAACGAAGAUGACGACGGAGAGAUGAUGAAGGUCGUGGUGAUGCAGGACGAUGAGGACGAUGAAGAGCAGAGGGAAAACACAGAAACGAUGGACAUGCAGGAAAACAUAGGAGAGAAACAAGCCGAGGAUGAAGGAGAAAAUGUGAAGGAGGAGGGUGACGGAAAUGAAGGAAACACACCCAGUGAAAACGGAGAUGUGAAAUGAAGAGAAACCACAACAGGGCUUUUCUCACUCUUAUUCUUUGCUACUUAAUUUUACGGAAACUUUACUAAUUUGAACAAAGACUGCAGAUGUGGCUGCUUCCAGAGGAUUGCUGGAAAUGGUAAAAUAAGGAAGGAAGGAAGAAAGCGAGAGCGCAGGAGCUCUGCCGUUGCAUUUUAUCCCACUACUGUGUAUAAAACCCCUUGUGUGCCUGAUGAUUUAAAAAAAAACAACAACAAAAAAAAAACUAGUGUUUUUUUUUUUCCACAUAAGGACAAUUUUCAGUGUUUAUGGUUUGUAUGAAGACAAAGUUUAAUGAAAAAAUUACAUAUACAGACUGAAAGCUAGAAACGUUUUAGCUAAUAACGUUUUAUUACUUAAACACCUUGGGUUUGUUUUUAUCAGUGUUACUAAUUUUUGUCACUCUUGUUUAAACCUUAAAAAAAAAAAAGCUGUACAGUUGGGAGAGAUUUCUAUACAUUUUUAUUGCCAAUGAACAAAACUCAGUAUUUUAUUGCAUAUGAAGGAAAACUGAUCCUGUGCACUACCAUGCUCCCAGUUUACUGAUGAACACCUCUGUGGGCCUUGUUUAAUGUCUACCUUUCAGUAUUAAUACUCUCGAGAUAACCCGUGUGUCACGCUGGCCGACGCUCGCUCGGCGUCUGUCUGUCUGUCUGUUUUGUUUGGAACUGGUCUGUGAGCCUUAAACGUAAGAAAAAAAAUGGGGGUGGUAAACAAUCCUAGAUCCAAAAAAAAUAAAUAAAGAAAUAAGUUAAGAUUGAAGAAAUGUCCGUAAUUAACUGGGUCUAAUUUGCCCCCCUGCUGCCCCCUCGCUUCCCCCCACACCCUCCUUUAUGCAAAAGCAUGCAUGUGUUAAGUGCCAUUGCACAGAGCUGGUGCACUUCUCUCACACUCUUUAACAGCAUGUUCCCAACACGGUAGCAAACCUGUGACCCCUGACCCUGAACCACUAGUCCGAACCUGAGGACUGUUCCUGCCUCUUUAAGGAACAAAUGAAUUCUUUAAAACAGUCAGGAAUUUGAGAACAAAACAUUUCCAGCUCUGAAGUGUUUCUGCUUGACCUGUUUGAUGCACUUCUUCAUCUGAUUAACUGUGCAUUUACCUUUGUUUUGUUUUGUUUACUUCAGGUAUUAAAUACGAACCCACCGUUACUUUUCACCUCGUUUGUUUUUUUUUUUUUCCUUUCCGUCUACUUUCGUAACAGUCAGUAUUAAAUAUUUGUUCGAUUUGUUGUGUUUGUUUCUCAGUGAACAUUGUGUAAUGUUUGUUUGCAUUCAUGGCAGUAUUAUUUCCUCACCCUCGUCAUCAGUAUAAGUUUAGUUUUUAGAGACCUUUUAUAUUUAUGUGUCUUAUUUUUUUAUAUUUUUUUCCUUUAUGGUUAUUUAUUACACAGUGUAGUGUACAAUAUUGUAGUUUGUAUUAAUACAAUAAUAUAUUUUAGUAUGAAGAAUAAUUUCGAAGAAUGAAUGAAUACAAAGCUAGGGAAAGCUCUCUGGCAUUUCAAAGUGUUUUAAAACAGAAAGAGUAUUAUUUUCACAUUUUCAAUUAUUUGAAUUGUUUUUAAACAGACACCCAGUAUUUAAAAUAUUGGAGAUUUCUUUCCUCACAUUGUUCAUCGUUGUGUUACUUUCCCCCCACUAGACUUGAAAGCUACUGAACAUUGAUAAUUUAAUUGUAUGCUACAUGUGCAGACGUCUUUAACCACAAAACUGUGCUACUCUUUUACAAAGCCAAAAUGUUGUCAAUGAAGAAGUUUCUUUUUUUUUUUUUUGUUUUUAAUGUUUUAUUUGUGCCAGUGUGUUAACAGCAUGGCCACAACUUGUUUUAUAUGUCCCUGUUUUAAUCUGUGGUUAUAUAUUUUUUAUAGAUAGGUUUUCUUUUUUGUUUAUUUGUUUUCGUUUGUUUUUUAUGACUCCCUGUCUCACAAUAAAAUAAAUC